UCAACGUUUACUGAAAAGGUUCACUUCAUCAGUGCGAUAAUUGUCUCCGCUGAACUGAUCUACGUAAAAGAAGCCACAAAUCUCUUCAAAAACAGCAUACCAACCGAUGAAGAAAGUAAGAGAGCACAACCUCGGAAAAUCUUUUCAGAAAGACACACUUCACCCUACAAAUCAGCAGCUUCCAUCACCACCAACACUCUAUCAAACCAGUACGAGUCGUUCUCGCUCAACUGUCCACAUGUUGCUGAUGCCAGUAACGAGAACGUUCGAAUAGAAGUUACAUGGACUCAGAACAACACGAUAUGGCUCAAAGUUGAAAAAGGAGAGAAGAAGAUCUUCAACCGGUUGACAACUUUCAACAAACGCGUCGUUGCAGGCAAGACUGUCCUUCGCGUUCUGCUCAAUGACGGACGGUAUUUUUUCGACUACGAUGAACUAACAGGCGAUUUCGCCAUGGAAAUUCGUCCAGUCCACGUGGAUGAGGAUGCUGGUGUAUGGCAGUGUCACGUUACAGUGUACCAAAAGGGAAACACUCAUACAUUGACGAGCCGUAGUCGAGUAAAAGUGCCUCACGGUGUGAGUUAA